CAGACCGCAUGUCGGCGCUAAACCGGAAGUAGGAAGCCAACGAGAGUUUGACAGUUUAUUUAAAUGUACAACAUUGUAACGUUAGCAUUGCUAUUUGUAAAAAAGAAUACAGUAACUUUCGAUUAAAUAUUCUCAGGUGUUGGUAUUUCCCAUCCUACAUCCAACGAUACGCGAGGUUACGACCUACAGCAUUGGCAGUCAUCAUAAGUUAAAACUAAACUAGAUUUAUAUCUUAAUUUAUCAGUUAGCUAGCUAGCUCAGGGAUUGAUUUACAAUGGAAGAGGUAGUAAUCUGAACAUGUGCUAGCCACAUCACUUUUCUGCUCUGCAAACUGCUCGUUUGUUGCUAUACCAAAUGGUGCGGCUAGCUUGCAAGUCGAGUUGCUCAACGCAUGCUAGUAACAGCAGUACUAGCUAGCUACGUUUGUGUUGCUUGAUGAUGCGACUUUGUUUUCUAAACUCUGAAGACCCGUCCAGCCCGUCUCCAUCUUGCUCCACCAAAACCCAACCCACGGUGUCCCCGGGUCCUGACAGGAACCAUGGUGACCAGGAGGACAGUAACCAUGGUGAUCAGAAAGACACACCGCAGGGUCAGGAGAGGGUUACUGUGAGUCUGGACAUCAACAGUGAAACACCAACAUUUAAUAUCGUAGUCAAAGAAGAAGAAGACUGGGAACUAGAUAAUACAGGAGAGAGUCCCAGCCAUCACUCUGCAGCCGGGGAGAGUCCCUCUACAUCAGGAGAACCUGAACAACACCAGAUGAAACGCAGAACGAGGCAGAAAAAGACCCACCCAUGCCCAGAUUGUGGGAAACACUGCCAGACAUUAUCGGCACUACAAAUACACAUGAGAACCCACACAGGAGAGAAGCCUUACACCUGCUCUGAGUGUGGGAAGGGCUUCACUCAUCAGUGUAGUUUGAGAUGCCACCACCUGAAGAAACACUCUGAACAGAUUAAAACUGACCCGGAUGACACGAUUGGCUGCUGCUGUGGACAAGAGUUCUCUUCCAAGAAUGUUCUGGAGGUUCACUUGAAGACAAACACUGGAGACAAGCCUUACACCUGCUGUGUGUGUAAGAAGACCUUUACUCAUAAAGCAUUACUGAAAGUACACCAGCGAUCCCACACAGGAGAGAAGCCUUUCUCUUGCUCUCUGUGUGAGAAGAGUUUUACUCAGAAAGGAAACUUGACAACACACGAGAAGUCGCACGCCGGAGAGAAACACCCUUGCUCAGUCUGUGGAAAGAGUUUCACUCAGAAAGGCUAUCUGAAGAUUCAUCAGCGGCUUCACUGUUCCGAAGGGGAGUUGAGUUCCUCUGUAUCAAGAGCACUUGAACACCGACAGAGGAGAGCGAAGGCGACUCACAGAUGCCCAGACUGUGGGAAGGAGUUCCCUCAAACAUAUUACCUGGACAGACACAUGAGAACACACACAGGAGAGAGGCCUUACCAGUGCUCUGUGUGUGGGAUGAGUUUCACGCAGAAAGGAAAUUUAAAAACGCAUCAGAAAGUGCACACGGGAGAUUAUCCCAGCUCCUGGUCCACUGGUGAAGGGAGUCCCUGUACAUCGGGAGAAGCGGAACAACACCAGGAGAACCACGCGGACGUCACAUCUCACGGCUGCCUCGUGUGCGGCGAGGAACACUCUAACCUCCCAGAACUACACAAACACAUGAGAUCUCACACGGGAGAAAAGUGCCUCGCCUGCCCUGUGUGUGGCAAGACUUACCCCAGAGAAUUUGACCUCAAAGUCCACCUCAGAACACACACAGGAGAGAAACCCCACGAGUGCAUUGAAUGCGGCAAGAGCUUCGUUCGUAAACAAGGGCUCCGGCAGCACCAGAGGACACAUGACGCCAAGCCCAUCGGACCGACCCGCCAGUUAGGCAGGCCAAAGCAGUUAACCAGGGCUCAAAUGUCCAAGAAAGUGCCAAAGAUGGAGAGUGACGCAGGACUGCCAGUACUAUGACAAUUAGCUGCAACUUUGUCUCUUAGUAGGUAGGGUUCUUCUCCCUGAAGCUGUGUCUGUGUUGUCGCCAUCUCUGAUCAGUUAGAUAAUCAUGCUAACUCUCACUCAUCUCAUCAAUCAACAUAUUAUGAUCAACAAAAAGGGGGGGGGGGGGUCCCUUUUUUGGGGGGGGGGGUCAAUUUUUCAUCAAUGCUGUGAUGGUGCUAAGAAAUCAACAGUGACUUGUAGCCCACUUGUGAAAUGUUCCUCACUGAGAAUAACCAUGUCAUGAUUAAUAAAGUAGCAUUCUGGUUAUGGUUCCUGUUGUCUUUCCCUCCAGCUCAGAUGGUGGCAGUAAUGUCCAGGCAGGAGAGGACCUGAAGGACACAAGGAAAUAGUCAUGUAGCUAGCUAAGCUAACGUUGGAUAAGCGGUUGUUUACGUUCUCACUUCACUGACUAACGUUAGCUUGCAACUAGCUAGCGUAACCUUUCUUUGAGCUGAACGCAACAAGGAAAGAACAACAUUUUUGUUCUUCGUAGCAAAGCCAGCAACGGUGGAUUAAUGCAGGCACAGCGUCCUUCUCGAGAUAAUUUCGAGUUCAUUCACAAUGCAGGAGGUUAGCUAACGUCAGCUAAGUAGCUAACUGGUUGGAGCCAUAGAUAUCCUAUUAAAUUACAAGAGGGGCUACGCCAUAAACCCUCAAAGUUCCAUAGUGGAGCCAAAAUGGCAGCCAUCUUGGUCAGGGAGAAAUACAAAACCAGUCUUAAUUGGUAUGAACGGCAGUAGGUGAUGCAUUUCCUGCUUUUACUGAUGCAGGAAAAUAAAAGUAAGGCAUGUGAUGUAUCAGAAAUGGUGUCAUAAAUUACAUUCAACCUAAAAUGAUUGGUUAUAAUUAUAAAUACCUGUUAUACAGGUUUUAUACAAAUGUUCUGUAUAAAUUGUCUCUAAAAUAUUUGCAAACAGACCAUAAAUGUCUCCAUUUUUUUUUUUAUUGGGAAGCUGUGACUGCUAUUAUAUCAUACAAUAUUAGUACUUGUUGCAUUUACAAGUUGUCUAGUUAAUUUAAACAAUUGAUGUAAUCAUUCCUGUAAAACUGCCUGGCUAGCGAGCUAACACAUAUACAGUGCAGAUACAUUCUUCACAUUAGGUGAGAUUCUACAUGUUAUUCUAUGUGUAACUCACAGAGAUCCUAUUCAAUUAGAUUAGGUGAGAUUCUACAUGUUAUUCUGGGUGUAACUCACAGAGAUCCUAUUCAAUUAGAUUAGGUGAGAUUCUGCAUGUUAUUCUAUGUGUAACUCACAGAGAUCCUAUUCAAUUAGAUUAGGUGAGAAUCUACAAGUUAUUCUGGGUGUAACUCACAGAGAUCCUAUUCAGUUAGAUUAGGUGAGAUUCUACAAGUUAUUCUGGGUGUAACUCACAGAGAUCCUAUUCAAUUAGAUUAGGUGAGAUUCUGCAUGUUAUUCUGGGUGUAACUCACAGAGAUCCUAUUCAAUUAGAUUAGGUGAGAUUCUGCACGUUAUUCUGGGUGUAACUCACAGAGAUCCUAUUCAAUUAGAUUAGGUGAGAUUCUGCACGUUAUUCUGGGUGUAAGAACCUGUGACGGAAACCAUGACUGCUAGACUGUAAGUCAGGUUUAGGGUCAAUUUGAAUUGAAGGCAGUCAAUUCAGGAAGUGAUUUGAAUGUAAAAUGGAAAAACUUUAUUUAAUUUUUUUAUUCAUCUUUUAUUUUUCAACUUAUUGAGAAGUCAUUGAAAAUAGAUGCUUUUUCUUUCAAUUAUUGAAUUGAAAUGUCAGUUUACAUCCUGAAAGGAUUGACUUAAACUCAAAUUGACCCCAACCCAGGUGUAAGUGGUUAUGAGUGACUGAAAGUCUGGUUUAUCACACAUAGUUUAGCACAGCUCAACAUUAGUAACGCUACAUCAUGGAACACUUCGC